CUCAUCCUCAUCCAUCUCCUUCUUGUCGCUAUGAUUCUGUUUAAUUUACUCUCAUGAUGACACGGGCCAUUAAAAAAUUGCGCAUAAACAAAGUGACACACACGCACGCGGGCGCCCGUCACACGCACGGUGCAACUUUGACAAAUAAAAAUGGGCAUUUUUAUGAUUUCUGUUGUUUCACAUCCCCCCCCCCAAUAACUGCAGCAGCUGUCAGUGUGUGUGUUUGCAUAAUUCCACAGUGAGCCCAGUAUCGUGUCAUUAUUAUUUGUCGAACUAGCCCUUUACACCAGAGGGAUGGAUGGAGGCUGCAGAAACAAUGUAGAUACUGCGGUAACAUGCAGCAGCAUUUCACUACUCUGUGUGUGCAUAUAUAUGUGUGUGUGUGUGUGUGUGUGUGCGCGCACGCCAUAAGUGCAUUAAUAUGAUUAUGCUAUGGGGAAACGGUCAGUUGUGUUCAAUGGCUCAUGUACCAUUUACAUUGGCCGUUUAGUCCAAAUUUGGAUCCGAUGUGGAUUCAACCAAUUUUGGCACUGAAGCUGCUUUCAAGAUAGAAGAGAAAUAAAUCUUGUAAUUUAACUGUAAUCAAUUAGAUCAAGAAUUGAGUUUUUGCUUUGGAAAAAAAAAAAAAAAAAAGUUUCAAGUCCCAAUUGAUUCCUGGCACCUUUGUAGUAUUGUAUACUAACAGCUAACAGUAGAAGCAAUUCUAACAAGAGUUCCAAGAACUUUUUGAAAAAUCACAUUCACUGACUUUUUCUCCCCAGGAACUACAAGUGUCAAGUUGUAAAAGUUCUUGGAACUAACAAAGACAAUUUACAUCUCUGAUCUGAUUCUGUUUAUAACAGUCAUAUUUCUACCAAAUGUUCCAGGAACUUUUACAUCUUUCUCCUGAUUCUUUGACAUUUUUAUUUCACAGAACUAUAGAAAUGCGAAGAGCUACAAGUCCCUGGAACUAUGGUAUGGUAUCCCAACGAUGAAACGCCACAGUCCGACUCAAGUUCCAGGGACCUUUAGUUCUUGACAUUUGCACUUUCUGAAAAUAACCGGGAAAGAAUCGAAGCAUUUGCACCAAAUGUUCAAGGACUGUUCAGCCCUUGACACUCGUAGUUUUCUGGCGAAAAAAAUGGGUCCAUGAACCAGAAAAAGUAAAAGUUAUUAGAACUGAAGAAUAACAUCCUGAUUAGAACCCUUUAGUUCCCGGAACUAACCCUAACCCUAAAGCUAACCAAUGCCAGUUUCCGCCAAAUGUUCCAGGAAGAUUUAGUUCUUGGUGCUAUUCAAGAGUGCUACAAUAAAAGGUUUAAUUUACUGGUAACACAAGCAUCAAGAAUGACAGGUUCCUGGAACUUAAGGGGAAAAUGAUGUUAUUGGUUUCCAAUCAGAUUCCAAUCAGGGGUCAAUUCAUUGAGUUCUUCUGGGAACAAUGCACCGGGAUUUAUUGCCAAAUAUCUGUUUAUGUAGACACAGAUCCUGUUUCAAAGACAGGAGGCUGCACAAAAAAAACAGUGGCACUUUUGUUGCCUUUUAAGGGGACUGCAAUGCACAGCACUCGCUUGUUUUCUUGACUUUGUUGCUCACUUUAUUGCCCUCGCAGACAUUUCCUUCUUAGGACACUUUGCCACCGGGGUGGGCAACACCAACAACAACAGAAGGGAGAAGAAAAAAAAACAAAACGUGCUCGAAGCGUCUUUGCUUUUGUAGCGGCGGUCGCCAGGCAACCGCAGCUGCUGUCAAUCAAUUAGCAAGCUUAAUGUGUUUACGUCUGGACGAACUCGGCCCGCCUGUCAAUCAGCGCGCUGCCCGACGGCCUCCAGCAGCUAACCCUAAUGUCAUUACUAGCGCCGCUAAUUGGAAUUAGUUUGGCAGUUCAAUUGUUGACAUAGAACAAAAAGGAUUAAGAGAUAGCACUCAGCUUUGAUGGGGAUGGUUUCUUACAGCAAUUUUCUGCAUAAUUAGCAAGCCAGAUUGUUACAAUCCAACAUGUGUUUUCUUAUUCUGAUAUUUUUAAAGUUCGCUCACCUCCUGUUCUGUACAAUGUGACUUUUAAAAAAAAUGACCUAACCUUUUUUCUCUUCCCCCACUGUUUCCUGGUUGGACUUUCUACAGCUAACCCAAUAGCUGCAUUUCUAGCUAAGGUUCCUGAAACUUGUACUUCUUUCAUUUGAUUCUUGGACCCCUUUUUUCUCUUUUAGGCUGUUUCCACUGAAAGUUUCAGGGACUUUGACAAUAAACACAUCCACCUAAAGUUCUACGAAACUUUUGAGUUAUUUUAUCUGAAUCUUGGAGCCGUUUGUUUCCAGGAGCUCCAAGUAUGAAAAGUUAAAAUUUCCUGAAGCUUUUGAGUUCUUUUGAUCCUUGGACCCUGAUUUUUGGUGGAAAUGCUGAAAAUGUGGUUAUUGUUCAACAUGCGGCUAACCAAGAGUCGCAUUUCUACCUAAAGAUCCAGGAACCUUUAGCACUUGAUUCAUGUAGUGCUUUGAAAUAAACAGGUCGAAGAAUUACAAAAGCUACAUUUCCACCUAAAGUUCCAGGAACCUUUAGUUCUUGGUGCUGUUUCAUGGAUCUAAAAGGUUCCAACCAGAUCCCUUUUGUUUGAACCCUUCAAAUUCUGGAAACACAACUGUCAAGAAGUUAAGGUUCCUGGAACUUUAGGUGGAAGUGCAGUUAUUGGCUAUCUGUUUGGUUACAAUUGAGGCAUUUCCACCUAAAGUUCCAGGAAUGUUGAGUUAUUGUCACUGUUUUUCGUGGAACUAAAAGGAUCGAACCAGACCUCUUUUGUUCUGACCCUUUUAUUUCCCAGAACUACUAAGUGUCAAGAACUAACGUUUCCUAGAACUUUAGAUGGAAAUGGGGCUCUUGGUUCGCUGCAGGUUAAGGACGACUCCCUCCGGCCCGGCAGCAUCUCUUAGCAUCCGUUAGCGGGUCUUAGCGUCUGUAAGCGGGUGUUGGCGAGGGGGCGGGGCCAUGUCCCAGCUGUACUACCGCCGCUCGGACAGCUCGUCGUACCGCGACCGCAUCCCGCUCAGGAUCGUGCGGGCCGAGUCGGAGCUGUCGGCGCUGGAGAAGGCCUACCUGGGAGCCGUGGAGAAGGGAGACUAUGCCAGCGUCAAGCAGGCCCUGCAGGAGGCCGAGAUCUACUUCAAGAUCAACAUCAACUGCAUCGACCCGCUGGGCCGCACGGCGCUGCUCAUCGCCAUCGAGAACGAGAACCUGGAGAUCAUCGAGCUGCUGCUGAGCUUCGGCGUGUACGUGGGCGACGCCCUGCUGCACGCCAUCCGCAAGGAGGUGGUGGGCGCCGUCGAGCUGCUGCUCAACCACAAGAAGCCCAGCGGCGGCAUGCAGGUUCCUCCCAUCCUACUGGACAAGCAGUUCUCGGACUUCACGCCCGACAUCACGCCCGUCAUCCUGGCGGCGCACACCAACAACUACGAGAUCAUCAAGCUUCUGGUGCAGAAGGGCGUAUCCAUGCCGCAGCCGCACGAGGUACGCUGCAAUUGCGUGGAGUGCGUGUCGAGCUCGGACGUGGACAGCCUGCGCCACUCUCGGUCGCGCCUCAACAUCUACAGGGCGCUGUCCAGCCCGUCCCUCAUCGCCCUCUCCAGCGAGGACCCCUUCCUCACCGCCUUCAGGCUCAGCUGGGAGCUGCAGGAGCUCAGCAAGGUGGAGAACGAGUUCAAGUCCGAGUACGAGGAGCUGUCUCAGCAGUGUAAGGAGUUUGCCAAAGACCUCCUGGACCAGACCAGAAGCUCAAGAGAACUUGAGAUGAUCCUCAACUACAGAGAUGACGUCAACCUACUGGAGGAGGAAGGCAACGGAGACCUGGCCAGACUUAAGUUAGCCAUCAAGUACCACCAAAAAGAGUUUGUAGCGCAGCCAAACUGCCAACAGCUGUUGGCGUCGCGCUGGUACGACGAGUUCCCAGGCUGGCGGCGGCGCCACUGGGCCGGCAAGUUCCUGACGUGCAUCUUCAUCGGGUUCCUGUACCCGGCGUUCGCCCUGUGCUACCUCACGGCCCCCAAGAGCCGCUACGGGCUGUUCAUCCGCAAGCCCUUCAUCAAGUUCAUCUGCCACACGGCGUCCUACAUGUCUUUCUUGUUCCUGCUGCUGCUCGCCUCGCAGCACAUCGUCACCACCGAGCAGGACCGUCAGGGUCCGGCGCCCACCACCGUGGAGUGGAUGAUCCUGCCCUGGGUGCUGGGCUUCAUCUGGGCCGAGAUCAAGCAAAUGUGGGACGGAGGUUUCCAGGAUUACGUCCACGACUGGUGGAACCUGAUGGACUUUGUCAUGAAUUCUCUGUACCUGGCCACCAUCUCCCUCAAGAUCGUAGCCUACACCAAGUACAGUGGUAGUAAGCCGCGGAACCAGUGGGAGAUGUGGCACCCGACACUGGUCGCCGAGGCCGUGUUCGCCAUCGCCAACAUCUUCAGCUCCCUGCGUCUCAUCUCGCUCUUCACGGCCAACUCCCACCUGGGACCCCUGCAGAUCUCCCUGGGCCGCAUGCUGCUGGACAUCCUCAAGUUCCUCUUCAUCUACUGCCUGGUCCUGCUGGCCUUUGCUAAUGGCCUGAACCAGCUCUACUUCUACUAUGAAACCAAAGCCUCGGAUGAGAGGGGCAAGUGCAAGGGCAUCCGAUGCGUGGAGCAGAACAACGCCUUCUCCACCCUUUUCGAGACGCUGCAGUCUCUAUUCUGGUCCAUCUUCGGCCUGAUCAGCUUGUACGUGACCAACGUGGACGCCGACCACCAGUUCACCGAGUUCGUGGGCGCCACCAUGUUCGGCACGUACAACAUCAUCUCCCUGGUGGUGCUGCUCAACAUGCUCAUCGCCAUGAUGAACAACUCCUAUCAGCACAUCGCGGACCACGCGGACAUCGAGUGGAAGUUCGCCAGGACGAAGCUGUGGAUGAGUUACUUCGAGGAGGGGGCCACCCUGCCCCCGCCCUUCAACAUCGUGCCCAGCUCCAAGUCCUUCUGGUACCUCGUCUGCUGGGUCAAGACUCGGGCGUGCCGGGCGGACGGCGACGCACGACGCGACACCAUCGGCACGCUCGGGAAGCGAGCUGCGGAGAACCUGAGGAUAAACCAUCAGUACCAGGAGGUGCUGAGGAACCUGGUGAAGCGCUACGUGGCCGCCAUGAUCCGAGACGCCAAGACGGAGGAAGGCCUGACGGAAGACAACUUUAAGGAGCUGAAACAGGACAUCUCCAGCUUCCGCUACGAGGUUAUGGGCAUGAUGAAGACGGGGAGGCCCGUCCUGCCGGGCGGGCGGGACGGCGGCGCGGCCUUGGGCGCCGUCGGCCCCUCGGAGUCCGCCCUGGCUUACCCCAACGCCUCUCUCGUGGUGGCCUCCUACGCUCCGACCAAGUGCAAAGUCAACCGAUUCAAGAUGGCCGCCUCCCUCCUCCACCGGGCGGCAUCGGGCGCCAGGACCCCCGAAGCCACCAACGGGCUCCCCAAUGGCGCGGCCCCUUCGCCGGGCGAUGCUCCGAGCUUCCUUAAAGACAGCGGCGACUUUGCUCUGUUUCACAAUCGCCACCGCUGCGGGGGCGCCCACUGCCGGGGGUGCGGCGCCGCCCACCGCUUGGAGUGGGGUGCCCACCAGGCCGGCCCUGCAGAACUUUCCAGAAAAAUGUACUCUUUAUCGGAGGAGGCGGAGGAGGAAGAAGAGGCUGGAACCGGUCUGGACGUCAGAGGCGAGCAGGAAGAUGAGAGCGUUGCCUGAACUUUGACACGUUGUCAAUCAAAGCGGGUUGACCUUCAGCGAGAGCCUCAAGGAAGCGCCGGGCGUUUGUGACGCUCGGAAAAGUCCGGUCCAGUCUCGCGGAGGCGGCACGUGGUUUUCUGUUUGCGACGUUAACAAAAACACAAACGCAACGCCGAUGUAUGCACCGGGCUACGGAUAAAGCUGUGCGGCCGGCCACGUAGUUUUGAAACCCAACAGAAACAACUAUUAGCUCAGAUGCUAACAUUAUGCUACGACACGAGAGGCCCAAAAGCUAUCCGGUCGCUUUUGGUUUUUGUGCACUUUACUCCAUUGACUCCGAUCGUUGUCCGUCGCUGGUUUCUAUGCAACGUCAGAGGCUGCGCAUUCCACACCCGCCACAGGUGGCGCCCUUUCCCAAACGUGAAGCAAAGGAAAGUAACAGCAACUUUUUCAUUCAGACUCGUCACUUGUUCAAUGUUUUUAAAUGGUGAAAAGUUAAUAAAA